GAGCGGCUGAGAGGUUACCACUCAAAUUAUUUUUCCUUUUUUCUCCUGAGAGCAGCUCACUAUCUGUGCUAUUUCCUGAUCUUUCUCUAAUCUUCAUCUCAUCUCUCCCCCCUUCUGUAACGCCCCGCUUCUCUGAAUCCCUUUCUGUUAAUCAUCUGUCUUUCAAGUUAUGAUUUUUGGGUUUGUCUUUUAGUUCACGAAGAAGCAAACUUAGAAGGAUUUCUCGAAAGCCAGGUGUUUUCAGAAUCGAGAUCCAGGUUUUUUUUUUUCACACCUUUUGGGACUUUCAGUUUUUUCUUUCUGAAUUUCUGGAAUUUUCCUCAUCUUUCAAUUGGCUACGAGGGUUGUUUUUGAUCCCUCAAAGCUUUGGUUUUUUUUCUUUAAUUGCUUGGGAUUAUAGGGGUUGGGUAUUUUUGACCUCUCCUGUCCCUCUUUGUAGAAAAUAUUUUCUCUCUUGCUUGGUUGGUUUUAAUUUUUCUGUCUGCAACCAGUGCCUGUUCUUUAGUUUUUUGUGAGACGCAGGUUGAUUUUAGCUUUUAGAUCUGUGGAAGUCAUGGCAGCUACAAUGGAUUUCUACAGUAGCAGACCACUCCAGUCAGAUCCUUUCAGGGGUGAGUUGAUGGAAGUGCUUGAACCUUUUAUGAAAAGUCCUUCCACAACUCCCUCUCCUUCCGCAGACUCAUCCCCUUGUUCAAAUUCCUCUCUACCUUCUACAUCCUACUCUCCUCCUUCCCCCAACUCUUUCUUUUCUUCCCCAUCAGUACCUUCACAGCCCAGUUUUCUGGCAGACGGUUGCUCCACGUCGAUGACCCCUAUAUUUAGCGAUGGGUUAUCGAACAGCCUCAACACAAUGGGUUUCGGGCAACCAAGCUCCGUUCUUGGGCUCAACCACCUAACCCCAUCUCAGAUUUACCAGAUCCAAGCCCAGAUCCAGCUCCAGAACCAUCAAAACCCGUGUUGGCAGCAAAAUAGUGCCAGCACCACCCUUGGCUUCUUGAGUCCCAAACCUAUUCCCAUGAAGCAUACGGGUGUACCUCCCAAACCCACGAAACUCUACAGAGGUGUCAGGCAGCGUCACUGGGGAAAGUGGGUCGCCGAGAUCAGGCUCCCUAAGAACCGCACUCGACUUUGGCUCGGUACCUUUGACACGGCCGAGGAAGCCGCCCUAGCCUAUGACAAGGCUGCUUACAAGCUCAGAGGUGACUUUGCCAGGCUCAACUUUCCCAACCUUCGACACCAAGGUUCUUGCGUCGGCGGCGAGUUCGGGGAGUACAAGCCACUCCAUUCCUCUGUUGACGCCAAGCUUCAAGCAAUAUGCGAAAGUUUGGCCGAUCUUCAGAGUCAGGGGAAGUCCGGGAAGUUGACGAGCUCAUCCAAGAGGUCAGGGGGGCGGUCGAAAGCGGGUUCGAAAGAUUCAAAGCCGGUGGCCAGCGAAGCCGGUGUGAAGGUGGAAAGCUCCUCGUCGCCGGCGACGACGGAGAGCGAGGGAUCCGGCAGUUCUUCUCCCCUGUCUGAUUUGACUUUUGCGGACGGGAGCGAGCCUCAGUGGGACGGGGUUCUGGAUAAUCUGAAUCUGCAAAAGUACCCUUCUUACGAGAUUGAUUGGGCAUCUCUGUGAGGGCAUACAUAUGGUUCUAGUGCAUGUGUUAUAUGUAAUCUUGAGUUUAAUUCUAGUUCAGAGUCGUAUCAUGCAUAGUCAUUAGGUGUUAGGGAGGCCGUUGCAGUGGAAUUUUAGACAUUGCGGGCUACUCUUAUGAUUUGAAUCAGUGUUAGUUGCGGUUCUGUCAAUAUGAUGUAAUGUCUACCGCGGGGAGCCGGUUUUUUCUCGCUUGCCCGUGGGGGAGGAGUAUAUCUCCUGCUAGGUCCUAGGUGUUUAUCAUUGUAAUUUGACUCUUUUAUGGUAUUUCGUCUAUAUUUGUGUUUCGUGUUUGUGGAUA